CGCAGUGGAGUCAUUCAAAUUGGACAAAGUACACGUGAAUCUGCAAUUUAUUGGAUUAUGAAGAACAAAUUGUGAUUCGAGAAAGACACAGUAUAUGUUGUGCUCAGGUUAACAGAAUCAAAAGAUGUCAUCCUACUGUGGAUUUGAUGAAACUUCUUUUGACGAUUUCGAGGAAUAUAUCUCGGAAGACAGUGGUUUUGAGAAGAGUUUGGAAUCCAACGGUGAUAUCUCGUUCAGUUUCGCCUCACGCAAGCUGAAUUUUGAGCCAACGAUUGUUACACAAGUUCUGUCUUGUGAACCGAAAGUUCCUAAAAAGCGCGGACGCAAAUCACUCAAAGACAAAGCUUUGGAACAACUAUCGGCGGAGUUCAAUCCCAGCUUGGGCGUACAGACCUCGACACCAACCAAACCUGCCGCCGCAAAUGGGGAACAAAAACCGAAACGAAAGUACGCAAUGGGAAAAAGUCGAAUCACACGAAAUCGGAGUCCUACACAAGUGAUGAAGAUCAAGCGCGUCCGUCGAAUAAAAGCAAAUGAUCGAGAGCGAAAUCGCAUGCACAAUUUGAAUGAAGCUCUCGAAAGGUUACGACUAACUCUUCCGACCUUUCCCGAGGAUACCAAACUAACCAAGAUCGAGACAUUAAGGUUCGCGUACAAUUACAUAUUUUCACUAGUUCAUGUACUGGAACUCGAUGAAGAUGUUCACCUAGAUCUGGAAAAACUCCAAAGUCUAACUCUAAGUGGAGAGCAGAUCAACAAACAAAUAUUCGAUGCCAUGUUCAUUAAUCCUCCACCACACUACAUGGAUCCAGGAUUCAGUUGCAAUGAAUUCUACAGCAGCAUGCAUCAGUAUGGAAUCACAAUGGCCGAAACCCAGGAUUACGACCAUCCCAACUUUUCCAGGCAAAACUAUCAAAUGUUCCGAGGUGCCUUCGAUGCUGCCUACAAUGAUGCUACUUACAAAAAUCACCAUCUCAACCAAACAUAUCCUCCAGCGGGCUACUCGGUUGGUCCACAGCAAAAUUAUUCACCGGCGAUGUACAGUAUGGGCUAUCAUACCAGCGGACAUCUUAACACAUCUCUUCCGACGGAAUUAAAUAGUUCCUCCUCCUAUCCGACGGCAGAGCCACCGAGCUGCAGCAAUGUUAAGUCUAUGUCGAUGCAGCAUUCUCAGCAACCCGGAUUGCAUUACGGAAGUAGUUUCUAUAGUCAAACACCACCCUGGUCCGAUACAUCUGGUUACAGUGAACCGAUUGGGUUUACGGGUGAUAAUUGCAAGAAGGCUUGUGACACAUAUCCGGUUCAGUUGUAGUUUUUACUGUUAAGAUUCAUGUUCUGUU